AUGGGCUCCGUCAGUGAUGCACCGCGCGGUAAUAGCACCAACCAACCCGAAGAGCUGUCGCCCUCGGCAGCUUCGUACUUGGAUUUGUCUACUUUAACGUGUCAGCGAAUAUUGAGCGCUCGGCAGCUGCGGGCGCUUGACUGUCUUGUGGGCACUAUGGCGGAUUUUUGCUGCACCAAUUGCUUAGGCCGAGCGAACGCCCAGAUCAAUUAUGUAAACCAAGCGAUGGCUGCAGUAUUCGUGUUGUGGGACAAUAAAAGCAAUCUCGCGCUGACGCUCUCAGACAAUGGCAGAAGAGCUAAUCAGGAUUGA